ACCUUGUAGCUGUCUGCCCCAGGGCUGCGGCCGCUGGGCGCUGCUGGAGCCGGGCCAAGGCGAGCCACAGGCGGGCGGACUUUGCCCCCGAGCCGGGGAGGGAGGGACGGACAGACAGACGGAGCUGGGAAAAUGUGGCGCUUUGUGCAGCGGUUCGUGCCCAACUUGGGCUGGAUGGUCCCGGGAACCAGUCCCAUUGACAGUAUCCUGCAGGGGCUGAUUGCAGCGUGUGCCAUCUCUAUUCUCGAUCACUUGCUGAGAAUCCACCUUCACAUCCAGUGUUUGAAUGAUCCAGCCCGUGUUGGCGUUGCAAGGUUGCAGUUGCCGGGGCGAGCGGUGCAUUCCCUGCGCCUCUUCAUCCUCACCUCCCUCUUCUCCUCUCUGGGCGCCAGGGUGGCCUCCCUCGUGGUGCUGGAAUUCUCGCUUCGUACAAUCUCCUCGUUGCUUUCCCGUAAUCACCGCAGGUCAGACAAGCAGAUAUUCCUGCAGGGCCAGUUCUCUCUGGGAUGUGGCAUGGUGGCCAGCCUGAGCUUCCUGAUGGAGGGAGCACCGCACUCCACGGUGAGCCUGGCGCUCAGCGCAGCGCUGGCUGGUACCAUCGCCGCCUACGUGCGGAGACUCGCCACCCACGUCGGCCUGAUGUACGAGCUGCACAGCAGUGAGCGCUACUGUGGUCUCUGCAUCCUCCUCCUCACUACCUGGCGCAACAUCCCCACCCUGCUGAGCAACGCCCUGAAGCUCGUGUUCAUCGUGGCUGAUCUAGCCGCCAUCUUCCUCAUCAACAAGGACUUCAUCAGCACCUCGGAGGCGGUCCGCUUCUGGACACCACUGACCAUCUGCUACACCCUGCUGGUCAUCUACAUGCAAGAGGAGCAGCGGCAGAAUCCGAGCGAGCAGUCGGCCUAUCAGACGGUGGUGGUGAGGAUGGGUGGGCUGCUGAUCCUCACCCUGACGGUGGGGAGAUGGGCGGACGUGGUCCACGUGCUGCUGUCCCUGCUCGGGGAAACCUGGUGCCUGGUCCAGGCGGGACCGAUGCUGGAGGUGUGCAGGCAGCAGGAUUCUAUCAGCAGCCGCUAUGUUGAGGGGAUUAGAGGGUCCCGUGCGGAUGCAUCGAGGAGGUACAAAGGGCCGGACAUUCCGACUUCAGAUCAAUGAAAGGACGGCAGCUCACGUGGAAAAGCAUCGGAAUCUUGCAUGGAAACCAUCUGGCGCAUUUACUGGUUUUGAGUUUUGGAGAUACAGCGCGGAAAAGGGCCCUUCGGCCCACUGUGCCCGUGCUGACCAGCGAUCCCCUCCGACAUUAACACCAUCGGGGUGUUACAUUCAUACAAUGCUAAUUCACCUACAAACCUGCACGUCUUUGGAGUGUGGGAGGAGACCAGAGCACCCGGAGAAAACCCACGCAGGUCACGGGGAGGAAACGUGCAAACUCCCUCCGAACAGAGAGGGAUCCGGCAUGGGGGGAGGGGGCACCGAGACAAAGAGGGACCAUUGGGGGGCUAUAAUGAACACUUUGUAACUUUGUUUGUGCCCUUUACGUAGCGACUCUUUACAUACCUCGUGUACAGUCGCUGAACAAAGACUCUCACAGGAACAUGUCACGUGUGGUAUUAAUGUAUCAAUCAAUCUUCAGCCUGUCCUAUCAGCUCAUCAAUACUGUGUUUGCCGGCUCGAGGAUUUCCUGAUGCUUUUCUCCAAAUCUCUUCAAGGUGUCGGCCCUCCCUGUUUUCUGUAAUCUGCUCCAGACCAUCACCCUCUGGACUCCUCCUUGAGUGAACCUCUGCAAUCCCUGAACUUAAUCCUAAUUCACCCUUGCUGUUAAAUAAAAACAACCUCUUUCAUCAAACCACUGGUAUUUGCUCUAAUGUCUGGCAGUGUCGCUUGGCAUUUAUUUCCCUUGUGUUUGGUGAGGUUUCUCUGAAGCACCGUUGUUGCAUAAGGGAGUGAUGUUCUCACCAAUUGGAGAGAGGUCCUGACCUCCCAUCCAUCUCAUUGGAAACCUUUGAAGUAUCUUUAAUCGGACUUUUCAACUUUGCCUUUUACUAUUUGCUAUUACCAUCUUUACCUUGCACUAAACGUCAUUCCCUUAAUCCUGUAUCUGUACACUGUGGACGGCUCGAUUGUAAUCACGUAUUGUCUUUCCAAAGGAAUUUGCAGAUGCUAGUUUACACCAAAGACAGACAGGCAAUGCUGGGGUAACUCAGCGGGUCAGGCAGCAUCUCUGGAGAGAAGGAAUAGGUGAUGUUGCAGGCCAGUGAUGCUGCCUGACCUGCUGUGUUACUCCAGCAUUUCAUGUCUAUCUGACCUGUUCCAUGAUGUUUAAGAAGUAAGGAACUGCAGAUGCUGGAAAAUCGAAGGUAGACAAAAAUGCUGGAGAAACUCAGUGGGUGCGGCAGCAUCUAUGGAGCGAAGGAAAUAGGCAACGUUUCGGGACAAUGAUGUCUGUGUCCACCAGAUGGCAGGGCUGAGCUUGUCUAAUUUAACUCCU